GGAUGCAACCCGCAUGAGUAUGAGGAGGAUGGUUUGGAUAUUUGCCUGUGUGACUUUUCUGAACAGGUACAUGCUUAUGCACUACGGGUUGAAGAGGAGGCACAAGAUGUUAUGGCGAUGAAAGAAGGUAGACCACCAUGGACCCAUCAAUUCGAGGGUCUACCGGUGGAAAUCGAUUCGGAUACAAAACCAUCGUUGGAGGAACCACCAAAGUUAGAGCUCAAGGACUUGCCCGGCCACUUGAAGUAUGUAUUUUUAGGGGAUAAUGAUACUUUGCCGGUCAUUAUUGCCUCUAAUUUGGAAGUGGCACAAGAGCAAGCCUUGAUGGAGGUGUUAAAAGCAAACAAGGGUGCUAUUGGAUGGACGAUUGCCGAUCUUAAAGGAAUUAGUCCAUCUAUCGUCAUGCACAAAAUUAUCACAACCGAGGAUGCCAAACCGACACGAGAAGCUCAAAGGCGGUUGAACCCGAACCUAAGGGAGGUAAAGGCCGGCAUUCAAGUAGUCAAGGACGAAAGUGGUGAACAAAUUGCCACCCGACCGGUUACCGGAUGGCGGGUGUGUAUUGACUACCGAAAACUGAAUGCCGCCACUUCUAAGGACCAUUUCCCGCUACCUUUUAUUGACCAAAUUAUUGAAAAAUUGUCGGGUCAAAAAUAUUAUUGCUUCUUAGAUGGGUAUUCGGGUUAUAAUCAAAUUGCCAUACACCCGGAUGACCAACACAAGACCACCUUCACAUGCCCAUACGGCACCUUUGCCUUUAGGCGAAUGCCGUUUGGGUUGUGUAAUGCUCCGGCAACUUUUCAACGAUGUAUGAUGAGUAUUUUCUCGGACAUGGUUGGAGAGUCGCUCGAAGUGUUCAUGGAUGAUUUUUCCAUUUUUGGCACUACUUUUGAUGCUUGCCUCAACGAAUUGCAAAAGGUUUUAAAAAGGUGCGUUGAGAAAAAUUUGGUGCUAAGUUGGGAGAAAAGUCACUUCAUGGUGCAAGAGGGCAUUGUGUUGGGACAUGUGAUUUCGGAAAGGGGGAUGGAGGUGGAUAAGGCAAAGAUACGGGUAAUUUCAUCAUUGCCACCUCCUAAAAAUGUUAAGGGUGUACGGUCAUUCUUGGGACACGCGGGUUUUUAUCGACGUUUCAUUAAGGGUUUUAGUGUUAUCACCAAACCCUUAUGCAAUUUGUUAUUAAAAGAUGUCCCGUUUGACUUUACUAAUGAAUGUAUGCAAGCGUUUACUGUUUUGAAGGAACAUUUGGUCAAGGCGCCUAUCUUGCAACCACCUGAUUGGUCAAAGCCGUUCGAGAUAAUGUGUGAUGCAAGCGAUACCACUAUUGGUGCAGUUUUGGGUCAACGGGUUGACAAGAAGCCGGUGGUUAUUUACUAUGCAAGCAAAACUUUAUCCGAAGCGCAACUUAAUUACACCACAACCGAGAAGGAGUUACUAGCGGUGGUGUAUGCUUUGGAUAAGUUUCGCUCGUAUAUUUGGGGAAGCAAGGUAGUAGUUUACUCGGAUCAUAGUGCGGUUCGGUACUUGAUGGAGAAAAAGGAUGCAAAGCCGCGGUUGAUUCGGUGGGUCUUAUUGUUACAAGAGUUUGAUCUUGAGAUCCGAGACAAAAAGGGAUGUGAGAAUGUUGUCGGUCAUUUGUCCUGAAUCCCGUUGGAAGGUGUAGAUGAUGCAAGUGAAAUCAAUGAACGGUUCCCCGAUGAACAAUUGUUGGCCGUUUCUACUUAUGUUGCCCCUUGGUAUGCUCAUUAUGUUAACUAUUUGGCCAAGGGUGCGAUUCCAAAUCAUUGGACUAAGAAGAGACGACAACAGUUUUCUAGUCAAGUGAAGCAAUAUAUAUGGGACGAACCCGACUUGUUCAAAAUCGGGGCUGAUCAAGUGAUAAGAAGAUGUGUUCCCGAAACUGAAGUUUUAGAGAUAUUGACCCAUGCUCAUUCAUCCGCAUGUGGGGGCCAUUUUAGUGGGAAUAAGACAGGCUAUCGGGUGUUAUCGAGUGGGUUUUAUUGGCCCACGAUUUUCAAGGAUGCUCGUGAGUAUGCCCGAAAUUGCAUCAAUUGUCAAAGAAUGGGAAGCAUUUCGAAACGUGAUGAAAUGCCGUUGCAACCAAUUUUGGUAGUGGAGGUAUUUGAUGGUUGUCAUUUGCCUAUGGAGUUGGCACAUCGGGCGCAUUGGGCGAUCAAGACAGUUAAUGCGGAUUACGACGAGGCGGGUAAGUUGCGGAAAUUACAAUUGAGCGAGAUAGAAGAAAUUCGAGAUGAGGCGUACGAAUGCGCAUCGGCUUAUAAGGAUAAGCUAAAGAAAGUACAUGAUGCGAAGUUACGCAAGAAAACGUUCGAAGUGGGUCAGAAGGUUUGGUUGUACAACUCUCGGUUGAAAAUGUUUGCGGGCAAGCUUAAAAGUAAAUGGAUGGGUCCGUAUGUUAUUCGACGAGUUGGGCAAUUUGGUGAUGUGGAUAUCCAAGACGAGCAAACGUUGAAACAACAAACGGUGAACGGUCACCGCUUGAAGCCAUACUUGGAAGGAAAUGACAUCAAUAACUUGGAGCUUGACAAAGCGGGCUACAUCUUACGCCCGGUUGAGGAGGAACAAUCGUAA